CCACUCCUAAAAUCAUGAGCUACUACAGCGGCUACUCCGGAGGCCUGGGCUACGGCUAUGGCAGCAGCUUUGGAGGCCUGGGCUGUGGAUGUAACAGCAUCCGCAGACUGGGCUGUGGCUCUGGCUAUGGAGGCUUCGGAUAUGGCUCUGGCUAUGGAGGCUUUGGAGGCUUUGGAUAUGGCUCUGGCUAUGGAGGCUACGGAUACGGCUCUGGCUAUGGAGGCUUUGGAGGCUUUGGAUAUGGCUCUGGCUAUGGAGGCUUCGGAUAUGGCUCUGGCUAUGGAGGCUUUGGAGGCUUUGGAUAUGGCUCUGGCUAUGGAGGCUAUGGAUAUGGCUCUGGCUUUGGAGGCUAUGGAUAUGGCUCUGGCUUCAGAGGCUAUGGAUGUGGCUGCCGCCGCUCUUCAUGCUGUGGAGGAUAUGGGUUCUCCAGUUUCUACUGAAAUCCUGUUCUACUAACUCAGCAUUGGAUACCCUCAGUAGUUGUUCUGAGAAAUCCUAGCCAAGAAGCUUUGGUGGUACUAAGCCAACUGAACAUGUCAAAUUCUACAAUUAUGAAAACUCCAUUUAUAAAAUGUCUCUGCACCCUAAGCUUGGGCACUAAGAGU